AUGAAUAAUAAACACUUAUUUGAGAUUGUGUUGCUGCUGCUGGCCUCUUCCAUGAUCUUCUCCUUAGAACUGAAAUUGGUUCACUUCCAACAAAGAAUGCACAGACAGAGUUUAAAGCUUUUGGAUACAUUGCAGAGCUCUUCAAUUCAACAGUGUUUGAGAUACAGGGAAAAUUUCAUGCUUCCCCAGAAGUCUAUGAAUCCUCACCAGUACAGUAAAGGACACACAGUGGCUAUUCUCCAUGAGAUACUACAGCAGAUCUUCAACCUCUUCAGGACAAAUCUUUCUCCGGACAGUUGGGAGGAAAAUCAUGUGGAGAAAUUCCUCAUUGAACUUCAUCAACAGCUGGAAUAUCUAGAGGCAGCAAUGGGACUGGAAGCAGAACAGAAUAGUGAUGCCUUGGAUACUGAGAACCUUAGACUGCAGAUUAAAAUGUACUUUAGAAGAAUCCAUAACUACCUGAAAAACCAUAAAUACAGCAGCUGCGCCUGGAUUAUCGUCCGAGUAGAAAUUAUACGGUGCUUGUUUUUUGUUCUCAGACUCACAGGAAAGCUGAGCAAAUAAGGAAUGGACCCUUGA